GCUUAGGGCGAGAGGCCCCGCUCGAGGUAACCCGGAGGGCCCGGGACGGCGGACGGGGAGGAAGCGCGGGGCCGCAGAGCAGAGCCGACCAUGAGUUUCCACCAGGAGGACGGGGUGAGCAGCCUGUGCCAGAAGGCGCUGCACAUCGUCACCGAGCUGUGCUUCGCGGGCCAGGUGGCGGGGGAGAAGUGCUCGGGCAUCUAUCCGCCGGAGCGCGGCAGCCAGGCCGGGGGCAGCACAGAUAUUUCUGUCAGCCUGUUAGCAGUCGUCGUCAGCUUCUGUGGCCUGGCCUUGUUGGCUGUCUCACUUUUUGUCUUCUGGAAGCUGUGCUGGCCAUGCUGGAAGAGCAAAGCCGUGACUCCCAACGUCAGUAUCCUCCCCCAGAGCAUCUCAAGGGCUCCUACAGAGGUUUUUGAGACUGAAGAGAAAAAAGAAGUUAAAGAAAAUGGAAAGCCAGCGCUAAAAGCUCUUGAGCCCGCAAUAAAAAUUAGCCACACUUCUCCUGAUAUCCCAGCAGAAGUCCAAACUGCUUUAAAAGAACAUUUAAUUAAGCAUGCACGUGUGCAGAGACAAACUACUGAGCCUACUUCUUCAUCCCGACACAAUUCCUUCAGGAGACACCUACCAAGACAAAUGCAGGUGUCCAGUGUGGAUUUCAGCAUGGGCACCGAACCUGUUUUACAAAGAGGAGAAACAACAACCAGCAUUGGGAGAAUAAAACCAGAGCUCUACAAACAGAAGUCAGUGGACUCUGAGGGCAACAAAACAGAAGAUGUCAAAACCUGUGGGAAACUUAACUUUACCCUCCAGUAUGAUUAUGAAAAUGAACUUCUAGUUGUUAAAAUUAUCAAAGCCUUAGAUCUCCCUGCGAAAGACUUCACAGGAACUUCUGAUCCAUACGUGAAGAUGUAUCUUCUUCCAGAUAGGAAAAAGAAAUUUCAGACCCGUGUACACAGAAAGACUUUGAAUCCUCUAUUUGAUGAGGCUUUUCAGUUUCCAGUAGUAUAUGAUCAACUAAGCAACCGCAAAUUACAUUUCAGUGUAUAUGAUUUUGACAGAUUUUCUAGACAUGACAUGAUUGGGGAGGUGAUUCUUGACAAUUUGUUUGAAGUCUCUGAUCUCUCCAGGGAAGCCACAGUAUGGAAAGACAUUCAUUGUGCUACCACAGAAAGUAUAGACCUGGGUGAAAUCAUGUUUUCCCUGUGUUAUUUGCCAACUGCUGGGCGUAUGACGUUGACAGUCAUCAAGUGCAGGAACCUGAAGGCGAUGGACAUCACCGGCUCAUCGGACCCUUACGUCAAAGUCUCUCUGAUGUGUGAGGGUAGAAGACUGAAAAAAAGGAAAACCACUAUAAAGAAGAAUACUCUAAACCCUGUCUACAAUGAGGCCAUUAUUUUUGACAUCCCUCCGGAGAACGUUGACCAGGUCAGCCUAUCCAUCACAGUCAUGGAUUACGACAGGGUGGGACACAAUGAGGUCAUAGGAGUGUGCAGAACAGGCCUGGACGCUGAGGGCCUUGGGCGCGACCACUGGAAUGAGAUGCUGGCCUACCACAGAAAGCCCAUCACACACUGGCAUCCCCUGCUGGAGUUACCUGGCCGGGCGACCAGUUUUGAUAGUCAAGGAUCCUGUUCAUCUCCAAAACCACCUUCCACACCAUAAUGCCUCCAGUGUAAGACCCUGUAAGAAACACCUAGGGCAUGUACUCCUUGGAUCAAAAAAAAAAAGAAAAGCGGAAGGUUUGAUUUCCUCACUUAAAAUAUAUUCAUAGAAAUGAACAAACUUGAUGUGCAUUUUUUUCAUUUACCUUUGUGUCUGUUUUUAAACUUUGAACAUCUUAAUACUUUUUACUUGAAUAUGAACAGUCCUUAGUUACAUAAGGCAUUUUAUCCUUCAUGUCAUAUGCCUAUUAGCACAAAGAGAGUUUGAAAAUGUACUUCUUUGCAUAAGCAAAGAAACAAGUUUUUUUUUUAAAAAAAGGAAUCAGUAUUAAAAUUAAAUAUAGUUUAUGCUGCUAUUGUAUAAAGUAGUGUAUCGCAUAUGUGUGGUUUUGCUUUUUUUACAACCUGUUCAUUUUCAAUUGUGCACAUGUUCUAUAUAAACUUUAAUGGACAUUUUAACCUUCACAUAUGGACCACUAAGUCCUUGCACAUUCACAUUAAUGUAGCUUAUCUGAUAAUAGUUUUAAUUUCAAUCUCAGUAUAUUCUUUUCUUGGUGAGAUUUGAUUCUGCCAAACUCAAAACUUUGUCUCUCAACCUGUUCUUUAAAAAAAUACAGAUAAGUCUGUAAAUUUAAAGAAUCAUAUUGAGUAAAAAUUUAAGUAAGUGAGAAGCUGGAAAGUGGAGGUUGAGUCCUUCCAGCAAUCAUUUAUACUGUCUCUGUCACAUUUGCUCAAACAUCUGUUGCACUGUCAGCUGAUAUUUUAAAAAUUCUGAUAAUCUCAUGUGCAGUAUUGGUAUUCCUAAGUGAAUAGAAUCAGAAGUUCAUUCUUUAAGUGUUAUAAGGUACUCAAAUUUUGUGGCACGUAUUUUGUGAUGUGAAGCUAUAGCACAGAUCCUAUAUUUCUGACAGAUCCCACUGACAGACAACAGAGGUCCCACAAAACAGUCUGUGUUUCUUGUGACUUAGUCAUAUGCGGUAAUGGUGACUCAAAACCAAUCAGAAACUUAGCAGUUGAAUUGGAGAUUUUCCUAAAGAAAGUGUGAUUUAUUUUCCAGCAAACUAUAGAAAUGUACCAUAAAUAACUUCCACAAAAUUUAAUAAAAAUAAACAAAUUAGUUUUCAAGGUCCAGACCUCCAGUUCUUUCAUGAAAGAAAGCAUUUUCCUUCAUAAGGAUGAAGGAUCAGGCUACUAGAUGUAAAAACUAUGCAAAUGUUUUUACAAUACAGACUUUUUAAAAAAUCAGGUCAACUUUUUAAUGUCUCGUUUUCAGGUCUUGUUGGAAGGUAUCUGUAUUGAAUUUGCCCAAGCUUACUUUAGAGAUGUGCACUGUAGAUGGUGCAUAUUUCAACCUUACUCCAAAAUAAUAAUUUCAGAAAAAGCAAGAAAAUUUGUACUAGAAAUAUGAAAACAAAUUCAUCAGGAUGAGAACACUUUAUCACCAAUUAUGAAAAUUGUAUUUAUUCCUUAUUCCUAUAAAAAAAUGAAACCUUAGAAGCCUUGAAAUUUUGUCUUCUGUCAUCUCCUGUAAUGAUGGAAUUACUGUUAAGAUGUAAAUAUUCUACUCAUUAACAUUUUAAAGUCAAAUAUAGUUCUGCCUAAAAUUUUUCUUAAAAAGCUUGUAUUAUCCUAAUGAAAACAACUCUUCGUAGCUAAUGGUUUCUCAUUGAAAAUAAUAGGAGAAACCUGCUUGAAAAUACUUGACUACCUUAGCAAGCUGAAAGGAACCAUUUGCUAAUAAGGGCAAAAUGACUGAAGAAGACAAUUGAUUUUUUAACUUUAUUUUAAUAGGAGAGAAAUGCCAAAUGAAGACAAAACUCUUUGACUUUUUUGGAGACAAUUGUUUUAUUAGUAGAUACAGCUACAUCCUAAAGUAAAUUAGCAAAUUAAUUUCCUAAGUAAGUGAGUAUAAUACACAUUUUUACCCAAAAACGUAUUUUAAGGAUUUCUUAUUCAUCCUUAAAAACUUGUGUUUUCCUUUGUUUCCUAAGGAGAAAAAGCCAAAGUUUGUGACAAAAAAAUGACUUUAAUGUGAGGAUUAUAGAUUAAUAUAAGUUUUUAAAAUAAUUUUUAAAGCUUGAAAACUUUUUUUUAGGGAUUAGAAUAAACUUAUAAUAUCAGAGUACUUGUUAAUCCUGUGAAAGACGUUAAAGAGAGGAAAUUCCCAACUCAUAUUUCAUGCAGUACAUGAGGGACCUUUCCCCUCAGAUCAGUCAAGUGUGAUCAUUGGAAAGGACAGCUGACAUUAGGAAAAUGCAGUCCUGCCACUUCUAACACAGCGUCCUCCCCUUCUACACAUCCACACACACCUAAGUUGUCUUUCUGCCUGUGAUUGAAGAUGAAAUAUUUUUAGUGUUUAAAAUAAAGUUUGAUGUUGGAAAUAUCCUCAACUAAUUUAUGUGGGAUAUCACAUUUUAUUGACAGUGGUGACACAUUAUGAAGUUGUAGUUUAGGUACAUAAUAAAUACCUAAUUUCAGGGAAUUAUUCAGGGACUUAAAUAAGAUAUGCCUGUGUAAAAGAUCAAGUGUUGAUUCAUUAGCAUAACAACACUGAUAUCCAUUAGAUUUUUGGGUUUUGUUGUUGAUCUUACCUUUAUAUAAUCUUUAUACAAAACUGAACAGUUCAUUGUUUUUCUCACUAGUUUCCUAAUAAUAUUUUUCUCGACAAUUUUAGUUUUCUUAGUCCAGCCAGCCCUAUUCCUGGUACUUUACUGUACAUAUAAAAUUCACCAUAUUAAUAUAUUCACAGCCCAAUGGCAAAUAUCAUUAGGAAUAGUGCCAGGGGCAGAGUGUUGCGGGUGCAGAGCCACACACUUUCUGGCACAGUUUUGGGGACUUGAGCACGUUCUAGUUACUGCAGGGAAAUCACAACUGAUCAAUAUUGACUCAGGUUCUAUAUUAAAGCAAAUAUAUUUAAACCUCUUUGGUUGUGAUAUUGAGUGACAGUUGCGACUAUACUUUUUCUCCUACAAGAUUUCCUUUAUAUUAUUUUAAAAUUCUGCACUCAAUAGAGAGCUGUCAAUAUCAUAAAGUUUUCAUUUAACUAUUACUUGGAAAAUGACAAAGUCAAACUUCCAUUCCUAUCUCAACUUUACUAUCUACAAGGCAAAAUAUGGCUCAUUUCAGAAUGAGUUACAAAGAUAACCAAACGAAGUUACAAAUAAAGGGAUACAAAAUCUUAACAGUAAACACAUGGCAAUUUAUUUACCUUUCUGAAAAGACUACUUGAUGUUAUUUAAGAAUAUCUAUGCUCAUGAGAUGGAGUUGAUCUAAUAUUUUGGCCACAUUAGUUGGGAUUACAACCAGGUAAUUUGACUACCUGAUAAUUAAAAAAGAAAACUGGGGUUGAUAAGGAUUUAAGAAAGUCUUCAGCCUCUGUAAAUCUAAAGAAAAUGUCGAGAUCUCUCUUUCACAAUUUGAUAUUAAAACAACUCCAGUUGUUCUGGGGUACUUUAAUUGUUCUUAACUUUUAUAAUAUUUAGGCUAAAAAUGUAUUGUCAUCAAAUGAUACAAAAGAACUGAAAGUAAUAUAACUUAAAGAAUCAACAUAAUUCGUAGUUAAUCAAACAUGUUAUAGCAUAGGAAAAUAAAUAUAUUGAGAUGCAAAAAUCAAAAAAUUCCUUUGUAUUUUAACUUUAGUGUACAGUAUAUUCUCUAACAUUGUUCCAAAAAACUCCAUGACACACCAUUUAAUAGUUCCUCAGUGACAUGGCUCAGGAUAUGAUUCAUCUGAACCUGCUUUAAGGACUUAUUAUUUAAAAGAACAUUAAUUUGUAUUGUACCAUGGGAAUCAGAGUUGAUUAAACAAACUAUUGUUUCCAGUAUGUUAUUCAGUGACAGCCUUUUAGGUAAGAAUUUUGUUUUAUUAAAAGACUUCUAUAUUUACUAAAUAUUCUGUUAGAGUGAGUAGUAAUUUAAUAAAAGAUAUGUUGGUAAUUACAUUAUCUGCCAUUAACAUUUAAACAAAAAAGAUGUGUAUUUGAACAGUGGCACUGGAUAUUUGGUUCAAGUGUAUUCUCAUCAAAGUAAAAAAUUAUUUUCAUUUUUACCAUGUUCGUCAUGAAAAUAGGGCACACAGGUUUGAUUUGGUAGCAUGACAACAUCAUGCUGUGGAGACUUGGAAAAGAAAGCACUAAAUUGAAGGCUGAGGUGGACUUAAUGAUGUAUUGAAUGCAAACAUUUUGAAUACUAGAAACCGUGACUGAAAAAAUAAGCCAAAGACAUUUAAGAGAAACGAUGGGCUUCUUUGUACCCGAGAUAACUCAGUUAUACUCUUGUCAGGAGGAAAUGAUUAGAUUAAUUCUAUUUUUAACCCUUCUGAGACACUAGAAAGGACUUACUAUUGAUAGAUAUAUUUACAUGGAAAUAUUUUAAUCUCACAUCUCCAAUAAAUCCCUCUAGAAUCUCACCUGUACUUUGAGAAUCCUCUUUAAAGAGUCAAAACUGUGCUCAAUCUUGGCACCAGAGGGUAAAACUGAGCCAUUUUAUUCUGAGGUUUUGUUGUGAUGCAUCUGCUGUGCAAGGAACACCCUAUUAACUGUGCAGGUUGGCGAAGUUCAGUCAUUCAAUUUCAUGGUUUUUGUUACCUCAAAAACAAUUGAUUGCUGAACAUGAUGGAUCACGCCUUUAAUCCCAGCUACUCAGGAGGCUAAGGCAAGCGGAUUUGAGUUUGAAGCCCAUCUGUACAUCCUAGCAAUACUCUGUGUUAAAAUAAAAACAAAAAAGGCUGGGGAUGUUGCUCAGUGGGAGAGUGCCCCUGAGUUUGAUUCACAGUACCACAAGUAAAAUUUAUUGACUAUCAGUGUGUAUUAUAGAUGUGAGUCGAUAAUUUUUCAUAGAAGUAAGUUUUAAUGUUGGAAGCUUAUUGGAUAUUUAUGUCAUUUCCUCUACAAAAUUCUUUAUUCUCCCCAUCAAACAUCAAUACUGGGAAUUAUAUUUGGCUAUGAUUUCACUAUAAAAUAAAGUUUGUGGACCCCAAAAUAACUAUAAUGUCUAAUAUUGUGUACAAACUGACAAAAUAUUCAUUCUUUAUAAAAAGUGCAUGGUUCCUUCUGUUUGUGUUUAUGUAGAUCAUCUCAUGGGUUUCAUUACAAUUUCUAGGCUUUUUGUCUAUUAAAAUAUCCUUUAAGCUUCCUAUUUAAAGAAACUGUCAUCUCCAAAAUGAAGCUCCUUAGAUUCACUCACUUCAAAAAUAAGAAACAAGUAGAACAGCUCCAAUAUAUGAAAUAGUUUCUUUCAUAAACAAAAAGUCCAAUACUGAAGUUUUGUCAUUAACAUUAACUUGUUAUUGACCUUUCCAACUGAGAGGUGUGAUUAGAUUAGUCUGCAAAUAGAAAUUACAGGACACAAGUGAAAUCUUCCUUUCAGAAGGAAGAAUAACAAAGUCAAAUAGAAAGGAACUGCUUCCCAUUGUACAUGUGAUGACUCCACUAAUCUCCCACAAAUGGGUAUUUAUCAAUUAUUUUAUACUGGCAAGAGCUACCAAAAUUCAUUUCAUGCAUGACAUCAAAUAUUUUUAUCCAGUGUGUUUGUUCUUUGUACUGUUCAGUCUUUGUUCAUAAGGUGACCUUUUAACUGAAGUUUGUGAUUUAAUACUUAGCCAUUGUUCAAAUCAGUAUCUUUGACUUCCAUAUCAUAGAACAAAAAUUUUAAAAUCUUUUGAAAUUCGUGUUUCUGGCUUUUGUAUAUGGUAACCAGCCAUUUGUGAAACUUGACAGUUAUAACUGUAUUAUUUAGAACAAAUGUUCUGCAACCACCUUUAGAAGAUAUUACACACUGCAGUAUUUUUGCAAUGUCUUCUUUAGGAUGUGUGAACGUAUUUGUCAGGUUCAGAUGAAUUACGUAACAAUGAAACCUCAAAGCUGUUAUGAAGUAUCGUUUAUGAUUACUUUUGUAAAAGAAAAUGGAAAAGCACUUGAAAUAUAAUUUUACUGUUUCAUAUGUAUUUUGAAAAAGAAAUAAAGUGAUUAUAAAUUA